CUGCCUGCGGGGGCAGCAUUACACGUUACAGUGCACUGGCGGCCGGAAAUCUGUCAGGGGAAGAAGAAGUAGCUGGUGUGUCGCUGCCACGUCACUGAGGUCACACGACAGGCAAGAUGGCGAGCACCUACGAGAGUUUUAAUUUGCGCACCACACCAGAGAGGUUCUACAUAGAGGCCUGUGAUGAUGGCUGUGUGGACGUCCUGACGAUCGACAGAGUAUCCACUGAGAUGACUCUCACAGUGAGGAGGGACAUCCCUGCAUCUGCUGAGACCAGGCCAAUAUGUGGACUCAUGGGGACUUUACGUUUGGUGGCAGGCAUGUACCUGGUUGUUAUCACAAAGAGGAAGAAGGUGGGAGAUUUGCUGGGCCAUGCUGUUUGGAAGGCUCUUGACUUUGAUAUCAUCUCCUAUAAGAAGACAAUACUACACCUGACAGACAACCAGAUGCAGGACAACAAGACUUUCCUGUCCAUGAUCAACAAUGUGCUUCAUACAGACGGCUUCUACUUUGCAACAGACUAUGACCUGACACACACACUGCAGCGCCUGGCCAACACUAGCCCUGAGUUUCAGGAAAUGAGCCUUCUGGAGAGGGCAGAUCAGCGUUUUGUCUGGAAUGGCCACCUGUUGAGGGAAUUUAUUGCACAGCCAGAGUUACACAAGUUUGUGUAUCCAGUUAUCCAUGGCUUCAUCACCAUGAAGUCGAGCUGCAUCAAUGGAAUGGUGUUUGAGUGGAGUAUUAUCUCCAGGAGGAGCUGUUUCAGAGCUGGUGUCCGCUACUAUGUCCGAGGCAUUGAUUCAGAAGGCCAUCCUGCAAACUAUGUGGAGACAGAGCAGAUAGUGCAGCACAGCAGCUCCAAGGCUUCGUUUGUUCAGACAAGAGGCUCCAUCCCCUUCUACUGGUCCCAAAGGCCCAAUCUGAAGUAUAAACCAAAACCACAGAUCAGCAAAACAAUGAAUCAUUUGGAUGGAUUCCAGAGACACUUUGACUCACAGAUUAUCCUCUAUGGAAGACAAGUCAUUUUAAACCUGAUCAACCAGAAGGGUUCAGAAAAGCCACUGGAGCUGGCAUUUGACAAGAUGGUGACCAGCCUGGGUAAUGGCAUGAUCAAGUACAUUGCCUUCGACUUCCAUAAGGAGUGUAGUCGGAUGAGGUGGCAUCGCCUGCAGAUCUUACUGGACAUGGUUGCUGAAAUGCAGGAUGAAUUUGGAUACUUCCUGGUGGACGCAGACGGGAAGGUGCUUAUGAAUCAGGAGGGGACAUUUCGAAGCAACUGCAUGGACUGUCUGGACCGCACCAAUGUCAUCCAGAGCCUGCUGGCCCGACGGUCACUGCAGUCCCAGCUACGGAGAAUGGGAGUCCUUCACACAGGCCAGCAGAUUGAAGAUCAGUCAGACUUUGAGAGCAAGUUCAAGAAUGCCUGGGCAGACAAUGCUGAUGCCUGUGCCAAGCAGUAUGCUGGGACAGGUGCCUUAAAGACCGAUUUCACCAGGAUGGGGAAGAGGACUCAGUGGGGACUGCUGAUGGAUGGCUGGAACUCCAUGAUCCGAUACUAUAAGAACAAUUUCUCUGAUGGUUUCAGACAGGACUCCAUUGAUCUGUUCCUGGGGAACUACGCUGUAGAUGAAGCUGAUUGGACAAACCCAUUACAUGACCCCAAAGACUGGAAGUUUUUGACGUUGCCUAUCAUCAUGGUGGUAGCAUUCUCCAUGUGCAUCAUUUGCCUGCUAAUGGCUGGUGACACGUGGACUGAAACCCUCGCCUAUGUUCUGUUCUGGGGAACUGCCAGUGUGGUGACAGGCGGCCUCAUCCUCUUUAAUGGGCUGGACUUUGUAGAUGCUCCCAAGCUGGUGCAGAAGGAGAAGCUGGACUGAAUGUGUGUGUGUGGAAAGCAGCUUGGCCCUGGCGACCUCACUGCCUCAUCCUCCAGCUCUUCAUCACUUUACCCCCAGCAUCAGCAUCAACAGGCUUGGAACCUUUACUAAUACAGGGUGAAGUGGAAGAGGGUGGAGUGGAGGAGGGUGGUGGGCACUAGUGCCGGCCUUGUGCACUACAGCAGUGGAAGGACAGAGACUUUGAGUGCAUGGGUCUGCUGCUGUCCACACUGCAGCAACUGUCACGUGGACAGAAGUGUCCAUUCACAGGUUUCACUGGACACUGAACCUCUGGAGUUUGUUCAUACUGGAUGUCAUUGUUCCUUAUUUCAGAGGAAUGCUGUGGGACCGACUAUACAUUAAAAUGCCUGAUGUCCCGCUGUGUUAUAGAUGUAUAGGGAUCAGAUUUGGAACAGCUGUAAAUUAAUUGAUAAUGUUCAAGCCCCAGUGGGCCAGAACCCAUCUGUGUUUGUGCUGAUUUCAACCAAAAACUGUUGCAAGUGGCAGCUUAGCAGGAAAAUAACCAUAACCCAUGAACCAUUUGUCCAAUCAUCAUAAAAAAGUGUUUGGGAACAGGCUUACCGCAGCAUUUCUUAGCCUGGCCCAUAAGGGGCACCACAAAUACUGAGAAAAUUGUUACUCAAAACCUGGUGGACAGAAUUUCACCAGUUUGGGUGUGCAUGCUCUGGAGCAGAUAAGUCACAAAAUCCCACAGUGCCACACUGUUUGUUGUAAUUGGGCGUGGCCUUCACAGAUGUCUUUGAACAGACCUGAUGAAACAAUCCGGUGCAGGGUGGGCAACUGCGAGUGGGCAGUUAGAGAUGAAGAAACAUGAGUGUGAUUGGUCUCACUUCUUCCAGCUGAAUUGAAAUUAUCUGAAAACAUUUCCCUCAUCAUUGUAAAGCCUGAAACCCAUUGCUGCUUGUGGCUUUAAUUGUGGCCCACUGAGCUACUUCCUUCUUUUGAGCACAAAAGGGCUUGUACCUGAAGUCAGCACAUGCAUCUAUACUGUGUACUGUUGAUUUGCCUGUUGCCUUGAUCGUUUUUGCCAUUCCAAUAUAAGUUGACCUAUGUAUGGAUGCUCUGUCCUAGGUUAAAAGCUGCCUGUUUCAAAGUUUUCAUUUUAGAACCAAUAAUGGGUCCAAAAGUCAGCAAGAAAUCUGGCCUUUUGUCGCCUAUAUUUAAAUUGCACAUCCAGUGUAUCAUCAGAAGUCCUCAAUAUCUAUUGCCAACGUGGUGAAUAGUGCAUUUGUGCAGCUUUUAUCACUUCAUACAGUUGGGAAAUCAGUUAUCUGCUGUAUUUAACAUGUUUGUGAGGAGGUGGUCGUCACAAUUAAAAUUAUCUGAUGUAUGGAAAAGUC